CGAGUCCUGACGUGCGAAUCUGGUCAACUUCACACCGGCGUCAGCGUCACGGCCAGAGGCCAAGAGGUGAAGACGCACACGGCGGCCGACGGCCGUGCCGUGUUAAACAAACACCGCCGGGAGCACUGAGCGCCACCACCGAGGCCACAGCCGAACCACCUUUGCUCGAGGUUAGUGGUAGACUGACUGGUAGUCCCGAGCCUGCACUGCACGGAGACCGGUUGGCGCUGCAGCCAUGCCGCUGCUUGUUCUGCUUCUCUUCCUCGGCGUCGGCGGGCUCCUGCCUGCGGUGACGACGGCGGCCGACGAGCGGUUCGUCUUCGACGGGUUCAAGGGCGCGAACCUCACCCUGGACGGGAUGGCCACGGUGACGCCCGACGGGCUGCUCCUGCUCACUAACGCCACCCCCCAGCUCAAGGGCCACGCCUUCUACCCGGCGCCGCUGCGGUUCCACCGGACGCCCAACGGCACGGCGAUGCGGUCCUUCUCCACGGCCUUCGUCAUCGGCAUCAUCGGCGCGUACGUGGACCUCAGCAGCCACGGCAUGGCGUUCGUGGUCGCCAAGAGCCGCAACUUCACCUCCGCGCUGCCGGGCCAGUUCCUGGGCCUCGUCAGCUCCGCCACCAACGGCAACGCCACCAACCACCUCUUCGCCGUCGAGUUCGACACCAUCCUCAACUCCGAGUUCAACGACAUGAGCGGCAACCACGUCGGGAUCGACGUCAACGGGCUCAACUCCGUCGACGCCGACAACGCCGGCUACUACGACGACGCCACCGGCGGCGCGUUCCGGAACUUGAGCCUGGUGAGCCGCAAGGCGAUGCAGGUGUGGGUGGACUUCGACGGCCAGACCAUGCAGGUCAAUGUCACCAUGGCGCCCCUGGAGGCGCCCCGGCCCAAGAAGCCCCUGCUCUCCACCACCGUCAACCUCUCCUCCGUCAUCGAAGACACCGCGUACGUAGGCUUCUCGUCGGCGUCCGGCAUCCUCUUCUGCCGGCACUACGUGCUCGGCUGGAGCUUCAGCAUGGACGGCGCCGCCCCCGCGCUGAACAUCUCCUCCCUGCCCACACUGCCGGUCACGACCCCCAAGCCGCGGUCCAAGACGCUGGAGAUCGUCCUGCCGAUCGCGUCGGCGGUGCUCGUGUUCGCUGUAGGCGCCGCCGUCUUCGCGCUCCUGCGGCGGCGGCGCAUGUACGCGGAGGUGAAGGAGGAUUGGGAGGCCACGUUCGGCCCGCACAGGUUCUCGUACAAGGACCUGUACCACGCCACCGACGGGUUCAGCGACAAGCGGCUGCUCGGCAUCGGCGGCUUCGGGCGGGUGUACCGCGGCGUCCUGGCGUCCAAGGUGGAGGUCGCGGUGAAGAAGGUGGCGCACGGGUCCCGGCAGGGGAUGCGGGAGUUCGUGGCCGAGGUCGUCAGCAUCGGCCGGCUCCGCCACCGCAACCUCGUGAAGCUGCACGGCUACUGCCGGCGCAAGGGCGAGCUCCUCCUGGUCUACGACUACAUGCCCAACGGCAGCCUCGACAGGCACCUCCACGACCUGAGCAAGGUCCCCCUGAGCUGGGCGCAGAGGUUCCGCGUCAUCAAGGGCGUCGCCUCCGGCCUGCUCUACCUCCACGAGGACUGGGAGCAGGUGGUGGUGCACCGCGACAUCAAGGCCAGCAACGUCCUGCUCGACAAGGAGAUGAGCGGCCGCCUCGGCGACUUCGGGCUGGCGCGGCUGUACGACCACGGCACCGACCCGCACACGACGCACGUGGUGGGCACCAUGGGGUACAUGGCGCCGGAGCUGGGGCACACGGGGAAGGCGUCCAAGGCGUCGGACGUGUUCGCGUUCGGCGCCUUCAUGCUGGAGGUGGCGUGCGGGCGGAAGCCCGUGGUGCAGGACGCGCGCGACAACCGCCAGGUUCUGGUGGACUGGGUGCUCGACCGGUGGCGCGCCGGGGCCGUGACGGACACGGUGGACCGCCGCCUGGGGGGCGACUUCGCCGAGGGCGAGGCGAGCCUGGUGCUGAGGCUGGGCCUGCUGUGCUCGCACCCGCUGCCGGGGGCGCGGCCGGGGAUGCGGCAGGUGGUGCAGUACCUGGACGGCGACGUGCCGCUGCCGGAGCUCUCUCCGACGUACCAGGGCCUCAGCAUGCUGGCGCUUAUGCAGGACCAGGGAUUCGACCCCUACGUCAUGGCGUUCCCGAUGACGUCCACGACGGGCGCCAGCGCCAUUUCUGACCUCUCCGGAGGGAGAUGAGCCUUGAAUCUUUGAUCGUCGGGUGACUUGACUGUAGUUACCUACCCAGAGUUUACUCUCGUUAUGUUCUAGUUCAGACUUCAGACCCUCACCAUCCCUUUUCGAGACUGCAAUUCAGAACCUUAUACUAUAUAGUAGUUCUGCGCCUGAAUAUAGUGUGAAUGACCUCAAUGUAAAGAUGUGCUCGGUUUAGCUUAAUGUUCAGACGAUAAAUUGCUGAUGACAA